AUAAAUUUAUUGAUGAAUGGUUAAAUUAUGCAAAUCAGGAAAGACUAUUUUCAGUAUCAUUUAUUCAAAAUUCAAGUUUUAUCAGGUAUCUAUUGCGAUAUUGGCAUACUAUGCUUCCUGUAGCACCAAAUUUAAGUGAAUUUGCAUGUCAACAUCAUAAUCAAUUAUUACCAUCACAAGCUGCAAAAAUAGUGCAAGUUUCUUG